UCCCUCCACUCGUCAGCGGCGGCGGCGGCUGGAGCGGGCGGCUGGAUACAUUGUAGCGGCGCGUGGGGGGGGGGUUCCCCCGGCCGAUUGGAUACAUUGUAGCGGCGCGAGGAGGGAAUCUCCGUCUGGGCCGGCCGAGCAGCUGCUCGCUGCUUCCGGGGCGCCUCGCCCGGCUGCGGGCUCUGAACCUCUCUCCUGUCUCUCCUCCAGCCCUUUGCACCCUGCAAGAAGCACCUUGUCUUUCUGGUGGCAUCAUGGGGGACAAGUCCGGCACGAGGGUGUUUAAGAAGUCCAGUCCGAAUUGCAAGUUAACAGUUUACCUCGGGAAGCGCGAUUUCAUCGACCACCUUGAACACGUAGACCCUGUAGAUGGAGUUGUCUUGGUCGACCCCGAAUACCUAAAGGACAGGCGAGUCUUCGUAACGCUGACCUGCGCCUUCCGCUAUGGGCGGGAAGACCUGGAUGUCCUGGGGCUCUCCUUCAGGAAGGACCUAUUCGUCGCCACGUUCCAGGCCUUCCCGCCCCUUCCCGAGGAGAAGAAGCCCCUGACCCGCCUCCAGGAGCGGCUGGUGAAGAAGCUGGGAGAGAACGCCUUCCCCUUCUUCUUCACGCUCCCGCAGAACCUGCCGUGCUCGGUGACGCUGCAGCCUGGCCCAGAGGACACUGGGAAGGCUUGUGGUGUAGAUUUUGAAAUCCGGGCCUUCUGCUCGAAAACCAUGGAGGAGAAGAUUCACAAGAGGAACUCUGUGCGACUGGUGAUCCGGAAGGUGCAGUACGCUCCGGAGAAGCCUGGACCCCAGCCAAUGGCGGAGACCACCAGGAAUUUCCUGAUGUCCGACAGAUCCCUCCACCUGGAGGCAUCGCUGGAUAAGGAGCUGUACUACCACGGGGAGCCAAUCAGUGUCAACGUCCACGUGACCAACAACUCGACCAAAACCGUGAAGAAGAUCAAGAUUUCCGUGCGGCAGUAUGCGGACAUCUGCUUGUUCAGCACCGCCCAGUACAAGUGCCCGGUGGCCCAGCUGGAGGCUGAGGACCAGGUGUCGGCAAGCUCUACCUUCUGCAAGGUCUACACCCUGGUGCCGCUCCUUGACCACAACCGGGAGAAGCGAGGGCUGGCGCUGGACGGAAAACUCAAGCACGAGGACACCAACCUGGCCUCCAGCACCAUAGUGAAGGAAGGAGCCAACAAGGAGGUCCUUGGCAUCCUGGUGUCCUACCGGGUGAAGGUGAAGCUGGUGGUGUCCCGAGGAGGGGACGUGUCAGUGGAACUGCCUUUUGUGUUGAUGCACCCCAAACCCGUCGAACAACCUCCCUCCAGACCACAGUCAGUUCUCCCCGAGAUUGAACCCCCUGUCGACACGAACCUAAUCGAGUUUGAAACCAAUUUCAGCCAAGACGACGACAUCGUGUUUGAGGACUUUGCCCGCCUGCGUCUAAAGGGAUUGAAAGACGAGAAAGAUGACGAUCAUUUCUGUUAAAGCGGGAACCCGAGACGAGGAGGAGGGAGGCGGACGGGAGAGGGGCUGGCAGUUGGAGGGCGUGAAAGAGUGGCCUGCUACACUACCACCCACCACCCCCGCGCCUUCCUCCCCUGCCACCUCUCCCCUGCCCCCCAGAAAAAAACGCCGCCUCGUCAAGAGCGAACGAGUGCGUCUUAACUGGGCGUUGUGUCGCUGAAAACCUUCAUUGUUUUCGUCUGUGAGGGAGUUGUCUGUUUUUAGAAUGUUUGUAGACUUUACACUGUACCAAGGACUUGCUCUCUCACUCGCGCACGCAUACGCGCACGUGCAAACACACACACACACAGACGCACGUGCACGCACACACAGUCACGCACACACGGUCGUGUGCACACAUGCACAGACACACAAACACAUGCACACAGACAUGCACACACAGAUGCACACACAACACACAGAUGUACACACACACACACACACACACACACACACACACACACACACACACACACACACACACACACCCCUCAUGCCCACCUUCUCUUCCAAAGUCCCGAACAGGCAAGGUUCUGGUGUCUUAAGUGAGUAAACAACAUCACCAUUGUCAUUUUACUUUUCUGUUUUUGAUCAAACGAUAACCAAAUAUUAUAUAUUUGUUCUCUGGAGUAUUUGGAUCGGUGUCUGCUGUGUGAAGACUGUGCACUGGAUGUGUGUGUUUUGUACCGGAUUCUUUCCUGGCUCCUCGUCCUCCCAGACCAGAGGGAGAAGGAGAGGGCAGAGAGCAGCCAAAUAUUUUGCUCCGGGCUGAUUUUUGUUUUGGUUUUGAAGGAUGGUGGAAGAGGUGGCGGGGCAAUUUUUCCCCACAGUCCACAGUUGGGCAAAGUGUGGGAUUUGGAUCCCGAGUGGAUGAUGUAGUGUUCUUCCCUGUGGGAGUUGGUGGGGGGACGUUUGUCAAUGGUGUCGAGCCAACACCCCCCACUCACAACAGACGGCACUGAGGCAAUCAUGCCCUUGUCUCCCCCUCCCUCCUGUCCUGCUAGCUUCAGUUUGCCCCCCCACCACAGACUGCAGUCAAGUGGCUAUUCGACCAGGUGAUGCAUCGCUCGCUUUGGGGCUCGGGGGGGUCCCCCAGUCUGUUGAAGGGACCGGUGGCAAGGGAGGGGGGGGGUGAUGUCACCAAUGGGUGCCAUGCUCACCCGGGGAGGCUGGGGUCUGCCACGUGCACCUCCCUAGAAGGUGUUUGGAGCCCCCUUCUCCAACUUGGGGGCUGAAGGCGGCUCACUGCUGCACUCCGGUGGCGGUGUUGGCAUUGCAGGCUGAGGGCAGCCGCCUCUCCUCCCAGCCCUGGUCGCCAGGCUUGGUCAGAGUCUCCCUCACCCUGUGUUGGGACGGGGUGCAGGGGUAACGCUCCCACUGCCCGUGGAAGUUCCAAGCAAGUGUUGGCCACUAAUGAGAGCCGCAGCGGGUGUCGUCAGUUUUUGUCUGAGAGGUCGCCCUCCCUCCCUCCCUCCCUCCUCGCCACCCCUCCCUCCCUGAGGAACGCCUCCAAAACCCUGCAGCACCCAAACCUGAGGAUACUCUGGAAAUCCCUCUACAACCCCAUCUCCUUCCAGCCACUCCUGUCCCCGGAUGGUGAGGGCUUCCUGGGAGACCCAGUAAGGGAGUGACCACGUCCUCUGCCCCCCUCUCCCCUCACCAAGUGAGGUGUGAACCGCGGGCAGGAACCCCAGAACCCUUGCUUGUUGUCUCUUUUGCCAAACAACACUCCAGUCUUGCUCCUGUCCUGUCCAAAAUGUCGCAAUGUAAAGUUGUAAAGGCAAGGGAGCAGAGAGAGUUCUAACUUCAACUCAUCUUUUGCUGUAUAACUUGCCCCUGUGUGUGCAUGUCGAAGGCAUCCUGCGGUCAAGCAGCCAGGAUUGACUCAAUGGCACCCCUGCUGGUGCGGAAGGGAGGCACGGGUUGGAGAACGGGAAGGAGAGCUGGGGGGGGGUGGUGGGGGGGGAGUACUCUGUGGGAGGGUGCUGGGCAAAACCAUUCAACACAUUCCUCGGGAAGCAGUGCUUGAUGUUGCUCCCAGUACAGCAGGCCAUUCAGGCCAUUGAUUCUGUUCCAGCACAAAACUGCUGGAGGAACUCGGUGGGUUGGGCAGCGUCUGCGAAAGGGAAAUGGACGGUCGACAUUUCGGGCCGAGAUCCUUCAUUGGGACGGUCUGUUCUGGCUCUCAGAUCAAUCCCAUUCACCCACAUUUCUGGGGGAAACCCACGCGGUCACAGGGAGAACGUGCAAACGACCCACGCAGACACACACACACACACACACACGCAGAUGCACACACAUACAGACACAUACACAGACACACACGCAGAUGUGCACACACACUCUCUCUCUCUCUCUCUCUCUCUCUCUCUCUCUCACACACACACACACACACACACACACACACACACACACACACACACACACACACACACACACACACACAGCACCAGAGGUCGGGAUUGAACCCGGAUCUCUGGAUCUGUGAGGCAGUGGCUGUACCUGCUGCGCCACCUGUGCAUUUUUGUGAGGCCUUGCUGGAUGUUUUACUGCUGGGCUUGCCGUUGCAGGAAAGUUGGCAGCCAGUAUGUGCACAGCAAGAUCCCACGUUCAUUCCCCCCCCCCCACCCCCCAAAAGUGCCAUGUGAUAUUCAAGGAUCUGGGCCUCAGUUGAACCCCUGACAGUGCGGCACUCCCUCUGCACUCUGCUUGACCUCGGGAUGCCAGGGAAGAUUGGGUUGGCUGGGCCAGUGGGCGGGAUGGCGGUUUUGGAGGAGGAGGUGUGCCGCCUUCUCUGGAGACGGCCCCCCCCCCCCCCCCCCCCCCCCCCCCCACAGGCACCGAGGUACGGGUGCAGGUCUAGAUCCCCGGAAGAGUCCAUCCGGGCCUGGGUGCUUGACCUCACAAGAGUCAACCACAAAGAUGGCUGGAGAGAGCUGGUUGGUGUGGCAAGGUUGAGCAUUCAAGAGGAGGAGGGGAAACAAGGUGUGGGUGUCUCCAACAGGGUAAAUGCAGGGCAGAAUAUUUGAGGAGCUGGAGUGGGUCAACCAGGUGUGAUCAGAUUUUGGGGUGUGGGGGGGGGAGGGUGAAAGGAUUUAAAAUGGGGAAGAGAUUAAAGGCAUGGAUUAAAAGUGUCUGGGUUUUAUCCAAAUCAAUCACUCUCUGGGUUCUGCUGAAGUGAUAUCUUAAUUGCCCAUCACUCCCUGUACCUUCUCCCACGGGAAGCAUUGCAGAGAGGGUGGGAGAGAGGAGAGGGAGGUAUGGAAAUGAGCUGUGAAUUAACCACGUUUAGAAAAAAAAACUACUCACAGGUAAAGAAGUAUACAAACGAUGGAGGUCCUGAAAUGAGCUUAUUUGCUGAAAUCUAUUUCUUUGUAUAAUUUGAGCUUAAAUAUGAAUGAUUUGUCUGCCUGUUGUCUUUUGCCAACAUCUAUAUUGUAUUUUCAGGGUGGUUGUGGGCAUUACAAUCAGGGCAAGAUGUGUCGCAUUCCUAUCAAUGUUUAAUAUGUCCUACAGAAAAAUGUUUGAAACUCAGUCCAUUUAUUAUUAAACUGCUGCAUUACUGCAAA